UUAUAGCUCUAACUGCCUUACCAACGCCGAUGGUAUAUAUGGCGAAGUCCCCAUUUCUGUCUCUCUCUCCCCGAUCGCUGCAGAUGGGGCGACGAGAAACGCCGCGCGACAACAACGGCGAGAAGAUCAUGUUUAGAGUAAUUAAGGCCGCAAUCGAGGGGCAGUCAUGUUCAAUCUGCUUGAAAGAACUCUGCGAUCGUAGAGCUGCAGUUCUUACAAUUUGUAAACACGCCUACUGUUUGGAUUGUAUUUGUAGUUGGAGCAAUUUGAAGAGGACAUGCCCUCUCUGCAACGCUGAAUUCGAUUCUUGGUUCUACAACAUCAGUUUCUCUUGCCGGAAGUUCCUCAAGAAGCAAUUACCAGCUCUCCGGGAUGGCAAAGAUAGUAUUGCGACCGAGGAUAAUGUCAGUCCCGUAGAUUGGCGGAGGAUAAUUCGGAGGUCAAGGGAUGGAUUGAAUAGAGUUGACAGGGGAACAAGACCAUUGCCAUGGCGGCGAUCAUUCGGGGCACAGUCGGGAUCUGUGCCUUCAGAGGUUAUUGCUGAAAGAAAACUUCAAUGGCGUGCUAGUGUGUACAGCAGACGGUUGGAAGCUGUUCCUCUAUCUCCCCAGAGCUGUUCAAAACAGGAUUUAUCAAGAAAAAAGGAACUAAUAAUGCAGAGAAUGGAUCCAUGGAUUAGAAGGGAGCUCCAGGCUAUCCUUAGCGAUCCAGAUCCAUCUGUUAUAGUUCAUGUGGCCUCCUCCCUAUUCAUUGUUAGCCUUGAGAAAAAGUCCGAAGUCCCUUCAGUGCAUCUUGGUGUUGAAGAUAAUUUUCUGGCACCUUUGCAACCAUUUCUUCAGGAUUAUACCGCCAUGUUCUGGCAUGAAUUAAGAUGUUUUUGUGAGAGUUCGUUUCCAAUGAAAACUUAUGAUGCAGUGGUGGAGUAUAGAAAGUUGGAUUAGGUAGGAAGUUCAUGUGGUAUCAUCGUUGGUCAAUCUUAUGCUUCUUGCUUGGAGAACAUGGAGAACUAUCUUGUCUGCUUACGGCACCAUUUUCUUUCAGAAUUUGCGUGUAAGGGCGAAGCCAUCUGUCCAUUCUACGGUGACUUCGUUUUAGUUUGGAGAAAUACCCAAAAUGGUAUAUGAUGGCCUUGUGAUACUUGUUUAACUCUAGAGCAACACUGGAGUCGUUACUCGAAUUCGAAGGUGUCAACCUCAUUUUCAGACAACGCCUAGAUGAAAUGAUUUAGAGACAGAUUGGAUCUUUUUAAUGAAGAUGACUUGACUUGUGCAAAAAGGGGUUACUCCUGCGUAAUGUUAAUAGCUGCACAUCAUCUCAAGGAUAAAAGGUUGGGUGGGGAAACCAAGAACCAGACACUAUAUUCUCAACGAAACUGGGAAGAGAAUCUUCUAUUGUAGUGGUGUUUUCUCUGGUGCCCUUGUGGAUCUGCUUGAAAGGUUGAUUUAAAAUUUGAGAAUCGCCCAAAAUUUUGUGUUUGAUGAAGAGUCUAAACUCUUUAUGGCACCUUGUUUACUUUUGAACCACAUCAUUACCAAUGUAAGGUUUUGCAUUUCAGUCUUUUGCUUUGUAAAGUGCUGCAUAAUUAACAUGUAAGUUGACGAAUUUUUGUAAUUAUGAUAUGCCCAUUACAGAACAUUUUGUUGUGUU